AUGUCGAAACAAGGAAAAGGCGAUAGACCGAAGGCUACAACUGCCGUGCAUUUGAUUGCCGGUGGAGGUGCUGGAUUGUGCGAAGCCUUAACAUGUCAUCCACUCGAUACAAUCAAGGUGCGCAUGCAGCUGAGCCGCAGACGGAGAGCUCCCGGCGUAAAACCCCGCGGCUUCGUCCAAACCGGUGUCGAAAUCGUUAAACGAGAAACUCCAUUGGGUCUUUACAAAGGUCUUGGUGCUGUUGUUAUGGGAAUUGUACCAAAGAUGGCGAUUCGGUUCUCGUCGUUUGAGGCUUAUAAGGGCUGGGGAGAGAACCCGCAGACUGGGAAGGCACCACCGCAAUGGAUUUUCCUUUCUGGUCUUAUGGCUGGUGCUACUGAGGCUGUGGCUGUGGUUACACCUAUGGAAGUCGUGAAGAUUCGGUUACAAGCACAACAACAUUCGCUGGCGGACCCGUUGGAUGUGCCAAAGUACCGAAAUGCGGCGCAUUGUGCGUUUACCGUGCUGAAGGAGGAGGGUGUCUCGGCACUAUGGAGAGGUGUUUCUUUGACAGCAUUGAGACAAGCGACGAAUCAAGCCGCAAAUUUCACUGCGUACACUCAGAUGAAGCAAUAUGCCUUGAAAGCUCAGGAUGUAGCUGAACUGCCAACUUACCAGCAUCUGUGUCUUGGUUUGGUAUCCGGUGCUAUGGGUCCUUUCUCUAACGCCCCUAUCGAUACCAUCAAGACCCGUCUCCAAAAGUCCGCUGCCGAACCUGGAGUCUCGGCCUGGAAGCGUAUAACUUCUAUUGCCGCUGAUAUGUGGAAGCACGAAGGUGUCGCUGCCUUCUACAAGGGUAUCACUCCGCGAGUGAUGCGUGUCGCUCCUGGUCAGGCCGUCACAUUCGCCGUAUACGAGAGAAUACGAAACUGGAUGGAAAGCAACAGGCUCUCUAGCUUUGACAAGGAAUACGCAGAGUAG